AGCUCAUCCAACUCAAUUCUCGCGCCAAUUAGAACCCUAAAUCCGAUAAUGCGCGAAUACAUUUUAACGCUAGCCUGACGACGGGUGCUGUGAUUCAAGCCUGGAAGGGAAAGAAGAAAGCGAAUGGCAGUGACGGUGGAGGCAGCGGCGGCAAUGGUAGGUUCGGUGUCGCCGUUCCCUUUCUACUACAUUCUCUGGAACUACCCGCAAGCAUGGGUGAAUCUAUGCGGGAAGGGGGUCGACCCUUCGCAUCGGAUGGCACAGGUCUCCCACGCUUUCAAGAUCGUGCAGAUCUUGUCCCUUCUCUCUGUUGCUCGAAUCUCUUGGCCUCCAUGGUAUUGCUUCGUCCUCUUCGCUGCUGGACAGUACCUCAACUUCAAGGUUUAUUAUUUGCUAGGUGAGGCUGGCACAUACUAUGGGGUACGCUUUGGGAAGAACAUUCCAUGGGUAUCAGAUUUCCCUUUUGGAUACAUAAAGGAUCCUCAGUAUGUGGGAAGCAUACUCAGCCUUCUGGCAUGCUUAUCUUUUGUUCCUUAUCCUUAUGUGUUAUUUUGGAUACUUGGCUACUUGUUCAUGAUGCAUAUGGAGUCCAAGGAAGAUCCAACUACUCGAGCAAAACCUCUCUCAUGAGUUUGGCCUCAACUCCAAAACUGACACAUUUUUUUAGGGAAAUAAAGGAGUUUGUUUUUGUUUUAUGGCU